GACAGCGAGACAGUCUUUGCGGGAGCCGCCUUCAGUUGCUCCCACGUGCAGUUCAGCUCGUUGAAUUUUAACGAGUUAAAUAUUAAGGAGCAAUUAUACGAUUUUUGUUAGAAAGAUAUUUUUUAAAAAUAUUUCUCUUAAGAAAGAAAAAUAAUUGUUUAAAAUAAUAAGUGAAAAAACUUCCGAAAAUAAUGCGCCGCAAUGUUUGUCGCGAAAAAUGAAGUAAAAUUAAAUAUGCUAUAUUGUUUGUUUAUCGAUGCGAUACAGUUUGGAACAACUUGAAAUACAAGAAUAUACUGCAAAUAUUUUACAGAUAAAAUUGUCAUUAGAAACGUCAUUGAACAAUAUCGAUUCGUUCAAUGACGAGAGAAAAGACGUCACGGAUUGCUUAAAAGGAAAAGGGAGGUGUUCGCUUCGAAUCAAAUUGAUUUUAAACUUGAAUACUGAUAAUAAAAAUAAAAUCAGUUAGAUGUGACGUAGACUUCUCGUACAUUUUCCUCAUUUCUUUACAUUAUCUUCUUUAAUCACAUUUCCGGGUAUACUAAUAAUAUUCGAAAAAUUAAUAAAUUGAACAGAAAAUAAAUUACGAUGGGACUUAAUGCCGAGCUCACUGCUAUACUUCGAGAUGUAGUGCAAUUUUUGGAAUUUCUUCGCGAAGUCAAACUUCCAACUAGAAUGGAGAAUAUUCGGGAUAAUCUGUUAAUACGUUCGAAAGAUACAUUAACGAUGUUCGUGAUAGAGAGGAUCGGAAGAUCGGCUUCCCCGGAACCAUAUUUGAAUAUGAACGCAGCUGGAUCAAAAGGUCUAAUGGUAACAUUAAAAACAGAAACAGAGUUGCAAGAAUACGUAGGAGCAGAGGAACAUCCUCAGAAACAACAGCAGCAGCAAGAUUAUUAUGAGGCAUUUCAAGGAAUGGAAUCGACGAAUAAUACAAUUGCGAUUCAUGAAACGAUCAAUAAUCGUCAAACUAAAGAAGAAGAAAUUGAACAUACACUGGUGAACAUAUACGCGAAUUUUUCGGCGACAGAAACGAAAAGUAAAUGUCAAUUAUGUGGUCUCCUUUAUAGAAAAGAAGGAAAAAAAUUAUUUGUAUUCGAACAAUAUCGAUCAUGUUGGGUCGGUUUAGUUGGAUUACAUUUGUUAAUUUAUGGAAGUGAUCGAGACAACCGUCCAUGUACGAUUUUACCAAUUCAUGGUUAUAUGGCUCGAGCUGCUCCAAAUGCAAUUCCUCGAGAUCAACGUCGAAGCGAAUCUACUUUUGAAAUCUUCCGUCCUGGUUGCAGAACUUUUCAGUUUUCUGCCAAAAGUCCGAAAGAUAUGGAACAAUGGAUAACAAAAAUUUGUGAAUUAGGAGGUGAAAAAAAGAUAGAAUCCAAAGAGUCGACAAGAGAAGUAGACAAUAUUGUCGCAAAUAGUAUUAUUAAACAAUCAAAUGAUUCAAUUCAAGAAGAUUUGAAUUGUAAAGAAGAACGCUAUCAAGAUGUAAGUUCGCUAAGCGUUAAUGAGCCUCCUGAUAAAUCUUCAAUCAUUCCGCCUGUUGCCAAUAAGGAAACAGAAAGAGAAGCAAAUGAUUCUUCUACAAAGGAUACUUUCCAUGUAUCCAUUGAUUCUUCCCUUCCUCAAUUUUCCAAUAUUUCUGAUACUGUCAUUACUACUUCUCGUCUUCAUUCAGCAUCCCCUCCUCCAUUACCUGCUCGAAUCCCCCGAAAAUUAUUGACUAUAUCUGUUCGAAAUUCGUCUUAUGAAUUUCCCGAUGAAGAAGAAGAUGAUAUUUAUCAUAAGAUCGAAGAAGUUAGAGAUACAAUACAAUAUGGAAAUGUUGGUGAUACUUUUCAAUCUCAAAUUAAAAUAAAUGAUGAACAAUCGAACAAAAAAUCCACAACGUAUGAUGAUGUUCGUGCGAGCAUAAAAAGCGGAUAUAAAUUUGAUGAUAAACGAAAGAAGAAAGAGACUAAAAGAAAAUCAAUUGCCUCACGAAAUGAAUUAACGUAUGAUGAUACUGCCAACACUAUGUCUGAAGAUAAUAAAGUUGAUGAACAAAACAAAUUUGUAUCUUACGACAAUGUUGAGAAUAUAGUUUUGAAUACAAAAUCGAUCAAGGCUCAAACAACGAAUAAAACAGAUGAACCAUCAAAAUUACCACAAAAGAAAUCAUUUUUGAAUAGAAUGAGAAGCAAAAAGGAUUUUCCAAGAAAAAAUGAGAAAAAAACUAAAUGUAAAACUUCACCGCAACUAUUACCGUCUGUAAAUAAUCAAGAACUAUCUACUUACUAUGAUGAUAUAUCUGAUCUGAUGAAUAUUCAACAAGAAACAAUUCAUGUUGAAGAACAACAAUCUGAGUAUACUUGUCCACCUCCACCUAGGCCAAUUUAUGCAAAACCACCGAUAAUCAACGAUGUAAUCGAUACGGAUCAAUUUUAUGAUGAUGUUGCAUAUCGAGACAAAUCUAAAAAUUAUAAAUUAUCUCAACAAACUACAAAGAAUCUCUCUCCGGAUUUUGUUCGCACGAAUAUUAACCGACCUGUUCUUUGCGAAAACAUAAAUUAUUCGCAAGGAUCAUCACUUGUGGAUAACGAACAUUAUAAGAUACCACCUUCGCGAUCCGAGUUAUGUUAUCCUAAGUCUCUUUCCAUUAAUCAACAAGUAGAUGAUCUGUAUGAUGAUAUCGCUAUUCUCGCAGACUUUACAGCACGACAAAAAGAAGUUUUAAAUAAUAGAGAUCAUGAAAAUUUAAUAAAAUCGCAAAGCAGCCCGGAAAAGAGAUCAUGGAAUAGAUUUGUUAGCGGAAAAAAAUCAAAAAUGAUUGAUUCAACAGUUAUUGAAACAAACGGACGAGUUUUAACCGAGUUGGAAGAUUCAUCGGACGACUGUGGCGAACAACACGCUUCAUUGCGAAUGAAUACCUUUCAAAAAUUGAUUAGUAGAAUGGAAAACUCUCUUAGCAAAACAUCUGCUAAAUCAGCAUCAUCAAUAUUAUUAAAUAAAACAAAUAUUACAAAUAAUGUUUAAUAUUUUAAAAGAAAUGCAUAUCUGCAUGAUUCAAAAUAAUGUAUAACUAAAUAUUUGCAGACCAAAGAAGUAGUAUGAUACAUUUUAAUAUAUCUGUAUUAAUCUUUUAUUUUUCAAAAUAAAUAACAUUUUUUGAUUCGCA